GUCACUCUCUGUAACAUCACCUAAAGUCAUCAUUAUUUUAUUAAUGAUGAUAAUUAGCUGUUCAUGUAAUUUGAUUAUUGACAGGAAUCCGAUAAUCACUCCUGGAAUGCCAAAAGUUUUGGCAGAUAGAUUACGAUAUCUAGAAUCCAUUAAAAAAGCCAAAGGUAUUAAAAUUGCUAAUGGAUCAAAAGCAGCAACUAACGAAUUUCCAUUUAUGGUAUCUCUUCAGUAUCAAGCAAGUAGUUCGAGCGUUCCUUAUCAUUUCUGUGGUGGAUCAAUUAUUAAUAAGCGAUAUAUCAUGACAGCAGCUCACUGCAUGUUCGAUGACACUAAUGUAAAAUUGACACCUUCUACCAUUGUGGUUCUUGCAGGAGUCAACUAUAACACCAUUUCUACAUCAAGUUUAUCUGGAAAUUACGCAAAAGGCAGCUCAAUUACAGUUCAUACAAGUUUCAGCUCGAAAACACUUGCAAAUGACAUUGCAAUUAUUUAUUUAGAUAGAGAUUUGACAAUUGAUGGAACAACUACACGUCUGGCUUACAUUGAAUCAGGUUCAGUUCCAAUCCCAACUGCAUCCUCAAAGAUUCUCGUAGCUGGUUGGGGUUACACUGACUCAACUGAGGUUGCUUCUGAAAAUUUGUUAAAAGUUAAUAUUCCAAUUGUUUCUGAUACGAUCUGUAAUUCAUAUCCAUUGAGUUUGGAUAUGGCUAAACCAAGACAAAUAUGUGCUGGUGAUGGUGCUGGUCACGAUUCUUGUAGUGGUGAUUCAGGAGGUCCAUUGUUUAGAGUAGUCAAUUCAAACACCAAGGACUUUGCAGUUGUUGGAUUGGUAAGCUACGGACCUGAUGGUUGUGGAACUGGAUACGAAACUAACAGAGGUGUCUAUACGAAUACUACCUAUUAUUUGAAUUCGUUUAUUAGAAGUGUUGUUUCAUCGGUUCAAACUGAUACCUACAAUUCAAAUUCAAGCUAUGUCUAUACCGGAACAAGUGGUGGUUCAACCAAAUCUGAUGCAAGUUUAGGAUUUGAUUUGAAGAGUUUCGUAUUUAUUGUUGUAAUGUGUUUGGGAAUGAUCUUUUAUGCCUUGUAAUAUAAUAUCAAUACAAAUUUUUAGAAUUUUAUUG